CUCUGAAGGGAAACUCCAGCUCAGUCAGACCUGAGGGACUCAAAGAGAGCAGCUGUUGAUCCUCGUCUUCUCUACCUCCUGUCUCAGGUGUGCACUCAUGGAAACCCAGUCAAAAAAAUCCAACAAAGUCCAGAAAGUGGUGAUUGGGCUGCUGACCAUCUGGUCCCUCAUCGCCAUCAUCAUCUUGGUGGUGUGGGCUACAUCACCAGACCUGAAGGGCUCAGCCCAGUGCCGCAGAGAGCUGAAGGAGAUGACAGAGAAGCUGGAGGGGGCCAAGGUGGUGCAUGGCAAAGACAAGGCAGCCCUGGAGGAGAAGGUGCUGGAGGCCAGGGAGGAGAAGGACAAAUUGAAAAGGGAGAUCCUGCUGCUGCUGGGACACCUUAACGCCACCAAUGCCACGCUGGAAGCGUGCCAGCAGAAAAAUAUCAUGCUAGCUGAAAACAUCAGUGCUCUGCAGGAGGACGUCAGGCUGCUGCAGCAGAGUGAAGCGAACCUCACAGAGGAGCUAAACCUGCAGAAAGAGAAGGUUGAGGUCUUGGAGCUGAACCUGACCCGUGCUGUCCAUCAGACAGAGUCCUGUUAUAGCCUGAAGGCGGCAGCUGAAAGCCAGAUGUUAGCAGCUCAGAGUCAGACCAAAGCCUGCAAUGUAGAACAGCAGUACGUGAAGCUACAGCUUGAGAAGUGUAAAGCUGCUCAAUCCGAAGCUCCGCAGGGGAACAAACAAGUAGAACCCAUUGAGUCAUCACCUUCCAACGCUCCCCUCACUGGUAUUCCUGCACUGAUGCUACUUAUUUGUGCAGCUCUGCAUCUGCUAACUUGAGUUUGGUGUGGAGGUGGGUCAGACAUACAGCAAGCCCAACGGUUCAGGAGGAGGCCGAGCCUGGACCAACAUGACUGCUGUACAAACUUCCUGUCUGCACAACAGGGUCGCCAUGGAGACACUGUCACAUGAUGGAUGCUUGGAUAUUGACUUUGUUUCCUUGCUUUAACUCCACAUCUGCAAUGCUUGAUGUUGGCCUCUCAAAGCUUUGCUCUUCUUCCCAUCGCAGCGCCUCAGUUCAGAUCAAAGGAUCAAAACUGGCAGAACUUUUUACACCAUUGCUUUUAUUUUCUGUUAUGGCUUUAAUCAGGCUUAGAGCGACCACAAAUGGAUUUAUUUUUGCUGUCAGUGUCUCCGCUAAAUGUCUGUGAGCUUUGUUUUAUGGCCACAAUUGCUGUUUGAAAGUUUUUAUCACUGCAGAAAUCUUGCGUCUCAACUUCUAGAGGUUCUCAGAUUCUGGUUUGAAAUAUGGCUCAGGUUGGAUGUACUCAUUUCAAUAAAUAAAACCUGAG